GUGUGACGUCACAAGGCCGCGCCGUCCCGCACUGUAAUUCGACCGGAGAAAGGAUAAAGUGUCCAAACACAGAGAAAAACUCCUGCUGAAGCGACUGAUCUCCACACUGUUAUAAAGAUGGCGUUUAUUAAAGAGGAGAGUGAAGAUGUGAAGAUUGAAGAAACAUUCACAGUCAAACAGGAAGAUCUGCAGGAACAAACAGACCUAAUUGAAGAGAAUGAGGGGAGUAAAGAGGAGGAACAUCAUGUCAAAAUUGAGGAAAAAAUUCAUUUACAGACUGAUGGUAUUUUGAAAAGGAGAGACAGGAAUCAUUUCACAUGCACUCAGUGUGGAAAGAGUUUCAGCUGCUCAUCACACCUUAAUAAUCACAUGAGGAUCCACACUGGAGAGAAACCAUUCACAUGCACUCAGUGUGGGAAGAGUUUCAGCCAAUCAUCGUCUCUUAAUCAACACAUGAGGAUCCACAAGGGAGAGAAACCAUUCACUUGCACCCGGUGUGGGAAGAGUUUCAGCCGCUCAUCACACCUUAAUCACCACAUGAGGAUCCACACUGGAGAGAAACCAUUUAUGUGCACUCAGUGUGGGAAGAGUUUCAGCCUAUCAUCAUCCCUUAAUCUACACAUGAGGAUCCACACUGGAGAGAAACCAUUCACUUGCACCCGGUGUGGGAAGAGUUUCAGCCAAUUAUCACACCUUAAUCACCACAUAAGGAUCCAUACUGGAGAGAAACCAUUCACAUGCACUCAGUGUGGGAAGAGUUUCAGCCAAUUAUCAUCCCUUAAUCUACACAUGAGGAUCCACACUGGAGAGAAACCAUUCACAUGCACUCAGUGUGGGAAGAGUUUCAGCCACUCAUCAUCCCUUAAUCUACACAUGAGGAUCCACACUGGAGAGAAACCAUUCACUUGCACUCAGUGUGGGAAGAGUUAUAGUCAAUCAUCACACCUUAGUCAACACAUGAGGAUCCACACUGGAGAGAAACCAUUCACAUGCACUCUGUGUGGGAAGAGUUUUAACUGCUCAUCACACCUUAGUCAACACAUGAGGAUCCACACUGGAGAGAAACCAUUCACAUGCACUCUGUGUGGGAAGAGUUUUAACUGCUCAUCACACCUUAAUCAACACUUGAGGAUCCACACUGGAGAGAAACCAUUGACUUGCACCUAAGCCGCGGUCACACUGGACUUCUCUCCUCAUAGACGUCCAUUCAUACGCAUGCGAAACGCAGGUUCGAGUGUCAAGUUUCGCAGUUCACUGCAUUGCAAAUUCAAGCUUGAUGAACUCUGACCUGUGAAAUCACAUCACUUGACUGUGUGAGACCAGUCGUAGAUCAAAACAUGACCUCUCUGGACAGAAAUUUAAAAUAUGGACCAAUCGCUCACUUUUUUUAAUGUCUAAUAAUCUUGUUUUAUCCCACCCUUUUUCUAGGGCUGCUCGAAUAUGGGAAAAAUCAUAAUCACGAUCAUUUUGGUCAUAAUUGUAUUUCAUGAUUAUUCAAAACGAUUAUCAGUUAAGUCAAAAUUAUUCGCCCUUCUGUGAAUUUUUUUUGUAUAUAAAUAUUUACCAAAUUUAACAGAGGAAUUUUUCACAGCAUUUCCUAUAAUAUUUUUUCUUCUGGAGAAAGGCUUAUUUGUUUUAUUUCGGCUAGAAUGAAAGCAGGUUUAAAUAUUUUGAAACCUAUUUUAAUAGCUCAAUAUUAAUAGCCCCCUUAAGCAAUGUUUUUAAUGUUUUUGAUUGUCUGAGAAGAAACUACUGUUAUACAAUGACUUGCCUAAUUACACUAAUUAAGCCUUUGAAUGUCACUUUAAGCUGAAUACUAGUAUCUUGAAAAAUAUCUAGUAAAAUAUAAUGUGCUGUCAUCACAGCAAAGAUAAAAGAAAUCAGUUAUUAGAGAUGAGUUAUUAUUAAAUCUGUUAUGUUUAAAAAUGGGUUGAAAAUAAAUCUUUCCAUUUAAACAGAACUUGCGGGGAAAGGGUCGCUAAUAAUUCAGGAGGGCAAAUAAUUCUGACAUUAACUGUAUAUAUGCACAGUUAUUUUCCUCCCUGUAAAAAAAGAAAGGGAAAUGAAUACAAUAGAAUAAAAAUAUGAAACAAACUGUGCUUUAAGAAUCUUAACUGUAAGAAAAAUACUUUAGCUACAAAAGUCCUUCAGUCAAGAGCAGUGAGGGAUUUUCUCCUUUUGUUGUUUGAUUAAUGAUAAAAACUGUCAGCAGCAGGAAUAUUGCAUGCUGUCACUUUAAGAACAGUGCGGCUCUGAUAUGGUUUCUCUUUCACAUGUCUUUUGAUUCUCAACUUGUUUGUUUAUUACACAAAUGAGGAUUAAUAUGAAUAAUCACUAAACACCGCACUCUAACACAAAUGUGCAGAUAUUUAACCUGCUGCUCAUCUCUGAGGCUAAGCGCGCGCGCACACACACAUAACAACAUGCGCUCUUUUGCACUUUUAAAACAUGAAUGAUUCAAAUGUACAUCUAUGAAUGAUGCGCAUCCCAUGCUGCAAACGAUACAGUACAUGCUUUUAGUCAUUUUCAAGUGGAACUGAGUUUUGCAGAGCAACGAACGUGUACAACUGGAAAGGGGCGGUAUAUGAUGCAAUAAUCGUUUAUCUCGAUUAAUUGUUUUUCAUAAUCCGAAACCGAAACCAGAUUUUCAAUUAAUUGCACAGCCGUACAACAGAAUUUCGCAUGCUCAUACUCUAGUGUGACCGCAGCUUCGGUGUGGGAUGAGUUUCAGCAACUCCUCAGACCUUAAUAAAUGAAGACCCACACUGGAGAGAAACCAUUCACAUGCACUCAGUGUGGGAAGAGUUUCAACCGAUCAGCAAACCUUAAUGAACACAUGAAGAUCCACACUUGUGUGAAAGAGUAUAUAUGCUUGAGUGUGAGAAGACUUUUAUUACAGCUCUAAAAUUGAAACUGCACCAGACUUUUCACACUGGAGAGACCGUACAAGUGUUCACACUGUGACAAGAGGUUUUAUCAGUUAACACAUCUAAAAACACAAAAGAGGAUUCACACUGGAGAGAAACCGUACAGAUCUGAUCAGUGUCUACAGAGUUUCGCUCAAUCGGUGCAGCUUAAGAAACACAUGGACAAAAAGUUGCAUACAUGACACGAAUACAGCAAAACAUUCUCAUGUGCAUAGGAUGUGUCAUGUCUGAAUAAUGUUUGAAAAGGCUGAGUGACUGUAUACUGUUUUCCAACACUCCUACACUGCAGUAGGUGGGGUUGUAAAUGUGUUGCGCUCCUCACGUUUACCGUAAACACAAUGAUGGCGGCUGAGAGAAGAACAGUUUCAUGAACAUCUGGCAAAGAGAACCUCUGUGGCUUAAAAUCUCUUUGCAAGUGAUUGUACAGGUGCGGAUACAUCUGUAUUUUACUCUUCAGUGUAUUCAUGUAGCUAGUGUUGUUUUGGAUAAUGAUCU